ACUGCCGCAGGAGCGGCCCGGGGGGCCGGCCCGAGCCCCCAGCCGGGCGGGCUGCGCUCCCAGGAGGCCUCGGAGCGGCUCCGCGCUGGGGAGGGGGGAGGAGAGCAGAGGAGAUUAGCUCCCCAGCCGGCCGUGGUGCUUUCAAGCUGGGAUGAGCGUCUCCCCUGCCACCUGGCACUCUGGAGCAGUUAUUUAAUCUCCCCAAGCCACCCAUCUCCGUCCGGAUUUGUGUCCCGGAGCAGGAUUGGCUCCAGGCUGUUUUCCCCCUGGCACCAUGGAUUCGUCAGCUGCUCUGGCUUCUGCUCCUCCUUCUUCAGCUCCCUCUGGGUCCCGGAGCCCGAUGUUUUCCUCAGGAGCCGACCGAGAGGAGUGGGGACCUAGGUUCAACUGCGCCCCUUCCACUUCUGCCGCGGCCUCCCAGGGGUUGGCCACCUCUGGCCGGAAGAGGAAAGCCAACUUCUCCAACGACGAGACAGAGACUCUGGUCUGGAACGUGGUUCGGCACUUCAGCGCCCUCUACGGCUCCGAAUCCCUCCGAGCUCACCCGGUGCGGCGGAAGCAGCUGUGGACCCAGAUCCAGAGUCGGGUUAACUUCCUCGGCUACACCGAGCGCUCCAUCGACGACCUCAAGCACAAGUGGCGAGACCUGCGGCUGGACGUCAAGAAGAAGAUCACCUCCAAGAAGCAUCCCCCUAUGAACAGGGCAGGGGGGCCUCUCCACAAACCCCGCCUCACGCCCCUGGAGAAGAUGGUGGCCUCCACCUUCUUACAGGCCAGCCAUGAUUCAGAGCCCGAGAUCAUCUUUGACCCCGACUUGUUCUUCCCAGGUGCGUCCAAGCAAUCGAUCAUGUCCUUCCAGCCUGCAGUCAGCCACCCCAGCAUCUACAUAGACACCAAUGGGCAGCCCUCCUCUUUGCCUGACGUGGAAGGUUCCGCUGUGCCCCGGCUCGCAGUCCAGAGUCCAGACCCUUCUGUGAUCUGUGAAUACAGCCGAGGCGAGGGGCAGAGCAGUUCAGCCGAAUCGGGGCCGGAGCUGCGGACUCCAGAGAUGUCGGCCAUGUCCCCGCCUCUGAGAAAUGAGUCCCUCGUCUCCUACGCCUCCCUGUCGGAGGAAGAAGAGCGGGAAGGCCAGGAGGUGGACGGGUGCCCCGGCGCAGCGAUGGGCCUUCAGCCUGGUCCAGAGCCCCAGCUGUCGGCAGAGGACAGCGCGAAGGCAUCCCGGCAGGCCAUGCUCAUCCGCCGGUGCAACUCCCAGGGCUCCAUGAGCUCCCUCCCCGAGGACACGCUCAAUCACGUGGACGCUCACGCAGACUGGGCCCACGAAGGGGUCCCCGACAUCCCCUCCUUGGGCAGGGUGCUUAACGCCUCCCAGCCGGAAGAGGAGGAGGGCAGCCAGGGCCCUGAGCUGGGCUCCUUGCCCCGGGUACUGAUGGGGCCCACGUGGGGGGAGAAGCAGCAGCAGGAGGAGGAGCAGCAGCAGCAGCAGCAGGCGCGCUCCCCGCUGCAUGGCGCGCUCACCGAGGAGUCCCUGCCCUCCUCCGCCUCACCUCAGGAGGAGCAGCCCCCCGCCCCGGUGCCGCCGCCGCGGGGCCUGGGCUGCUCGUGGCUGCGGGAGGGCAGGCGGGAGAGCUGGAGGACUAACAUCCACCGCCUGCUGGACCUGGAGGAGCAGUGGGACCAGCUGUACCACCAGGAGCUGGCCAUGUGGCAGGAGGAGCGGGCCACGCAGCGCGAGGAGCGGGCGCGGGACAGGGAGCUGCAGUUCCGCCUGCUGGGCGUCCUGACGGACAUCCGGGACGAGCUGCGCUACCUGCGGCAGGAGCGGGCCAGCGCGCGCCAGAGCCAGGCCCCGCCCGCCGAGGCGGGGCCCGAGGCCAGCGGGCUCUUAGACCAGCCGCCCAAGGCGGAAGUCAGCUUCCCCGGGCCGACCCUGGGCAGCGCCGGCUGGGGGGAGAGCGCCAUGGCCAGCAGGAACCCCUAUGGCAGCCGGGGGCGGGGGCGGCGCCGGGGCCGGCCGCGCGGCUCCGCCUCCAAACACAGACGCCUCUUCCUGACCAAUAGCUAGGAGUGGCUGGGGGCUGUCAAUUCCAGUGACGGACAUGGUGUGUGGACAGCCCUCCCGGAGCCUGGGGGCGAGCGCACGGGGUGGGCACGCAGCGUGCGCCUGGACAUGGAAGGGCAGGGCUGAGUGUGCGGGGGGAUGCGUGCGGCGGGGGCUGAGUGUGUGUGCUGGAGGUGUGUGAGGGGGGAGAGAGAGAGAAGCAUCUGGGAAUAUGCCUGGUGUGCAAACGCAUCGGUGCGUGUGUGUGAGCUGGGGAAUCGAGCGUGCCUGUGUAAGUUUGACAGGUGUAGGUGCAGUUUGAGCAUCUGUGCACCAGCAUCUGUUGGGGGAGGGUAUGUGGGAGGAAGUGUGCAAGCCUGUAGUGUGCGUGUCCGAGAGAAUGGUGUGUGAAUGCAUGGACUGCAGGUGUGACUGCAGCUGUGUGUGGGUGGGUGAAUGCAUGUGCUUGUGAACUUGUAGCGGCAGAUGUGUAAGCAAUGCACGGGUGUGAGCAUGUGGCACGUGUGGGGAGUGUGUAAGGCUGCAGUGUUGCGUGUCGGAGUGCAAGCGGGGAGCAUAUACUGCAUCAUGCGUGUGCACACGUGAGUCCAGUGUGUCUGAAUGAGGCAGCCGUGUGGCAGAGGGAUUUGUCUGAGAACAGAGAGGUGAGCGUGAGUAGCCCUGGGAGGCUGUGAUUGGUUGGCAGGGGGUCUGGGGGGGUGUCCAUGGCACGAGCGUGAGCAUGUGUGUUAGUGCAGGUGGGAGUGCUAGUGCACAGUCCACGUACACAGGAUGUGUGUGCUCACAGCUGGAUGUCCAUGCCUAUGUGGGAGUGCCAGCUGUGGCAACGGGUGAGUGCAGGGCAUGCAGGAGGGGCAUGUAGCAGGCACGCUGUGUGGGUGUGAGGGGUGUGAGUGACUGGCUGUGAUUGCACCCUGAGAGGUGCGCGCACAGGAGUGUGUGACUGUCCGGCAGGGCACGUUGGGGACACAGGGACAAUCAGGCAGCGGCGCACUUGUACGAGCAGGAGCGGCUGGGGGUGGAGGCUGAGUGCACGUGUGAGCGCACGGGGAGGUGAGUCCGAGCAGCGAUGGGAGGGGGUGUGUCUGUCGUGCGUUUAGGAGGGGGUGUCCGUGGAGCCGGGGUGUGUGUGUGCUAUUUUAAGGCAAGGCCGUGUGGGGGUGGCUGAGUGAAAGUGCUGCGCUCCUGCGUCUGGGAAGUGCGUGUACGUGUCACCCGGGGCAUGUGCCUGCCGGCAGGGGGUAGAUGUGCAAGUGCGCUAGGCUGAGUAGGGUUGCUACUUUCUGGGAGGGAGGGGAAUUAGGAAUAGUCGCUGUCCUGCGAGAACAUUUUAUGCAAAUCAUUUAAUGACCUAAUUUGCAUAUAACCAUAAACUUCUGUUUAAAAAAAAACACCCCAAACCCAAGCCUGUGUGUGGACUCAGUGCUGGUUAAAGCUGUGGGAAUGGGCACUGCACCCAUUCUUGGUUAAUAGUCAGUGCCACUUUAGAUGCCGCUCCUCUGGCUCUGAAAUGCCACUUGCAUUGGCAGCUUCUCCCUGCAGCUCCUUCUCCCAGCUCUCCUGGGCAGGCUGGUCGGUGGCCGGAGGGCAAUGGGUGGGUGCAAGGCCUGUCCCGGGGCACGGAUGGCUACCUGGGCACUGGCUUUCCUGAGCGGAGGGCUGAUGGGCAGGAUGCUGUGAAUCCAGCCAAGGGCGAGUCAUUGGUCUGCCGGAUCCUGCAGC